AUGGUCCCCCGCCAAAGAGAGCAACCGGCUCUUGAUGAGCGCACACCCCUCAUCAACGAUCCUGAAAAUGCUGAAGCUCCGAGUUCUACUCCUAAUAGGGAUGAUGCACAAGGUCGGAUUCCGACCAGGAUAGCUUAUCGCCUGUACAUGUCACAUUUCCUGUCAACCUGGAAUUCCCGCGUCUUCGAAUUCGGGGCCGUUCUGUACUUGGCCUCAGUCUAUCCAGGAACACUAUUACCUAUGUCUACCUAUGCGCUCUCUCGUGGACUAGCGGCAAUCAUCUUCGCCCCGGCGGUGGGAUACUACAUCGAUGUCGGCAACCGUUUACAGGUCAUUCGGAUUUCAAUCGACCGAGACAAGCGCAUCCGUCGGUCAAAACCACUGACUACGUUAGUAUUACAACGGCUUGUUGUGGCUGCAUCGUGUGUGAUCUUCUAUCUGCUAGCGAUCGGCCUACCAAUGACACGAGUGGCCAACACCUGCUUGCUGGUAAUUCUCACGCUGCUGGCUUGUUUUGAGAAGCUAUGCUCUGUCUUGAACUUGGUCUCUGUGGAAAAAGACUGGGUUUUGAUCAUUGCCGGAGAAGAUUAUGAAUGCCUCAGGACGAUGAACGCCCAAAUGAGACGAAUUGACUUGGUCUGCAAACUAAUUGGGCCUCUUUUCAUCGCUCUUAUCGAUGGUAUAUCAACCGAGGUCGCUAUUCUCGUCAAUCUCGGGAUGAAUGUCUGUUCGGUCGUGGUGGAGUACUUCUCGAUCGCCAAGGUGUAUUAUGAAGUGCCAGAAUUACAAGAAGCGAAACAUUCAUUGCUUAAAUUUCGAGGGGUAAAACCAGCACAGCAAAGUUUCUUUAUCAGCGUCUGGAGAGCUUGCUGUAAAGGUGUACGGCGGGCUUUGGGAGACUUCGGUUUUUAUUUUCGGCAUCAAGUGUUCCUCCCGUCCUUUGCUGGAGCAUUGCUUUACUUGACAGUUCUGUCAUUUGCGGGACAGAUGGUCACUUGGCUUCUGUUAGCAGGCUAUGGUUCGACGCAGAUCGCCGUUGCAAGAACCUUGUCUGUUAUGUUUGAGAUGCUGGCUACCUGGGUUGCUCCUUGGCUGAUGGGGAAAAUCGGGCCCACUCGUGCUGGUCUCUGGCUGAUUACAUGCCUAGCAGGUGGCAUGGCUAUUUUCUGGAGUUACGCUAGCCAACCUCUCCUUUCAGCAUCGGGUCUCGUGGGUGGUACAAUUCUCAGCCGGGUAGGCUUGCGAGGGUUCGAUCUAUGUGUACAGAUUCUUAUUCAGGAGCCAGGCCCUGACUUUCAUGGGACUUUACAGGGUAUUGAAGCCGAGGCGCGAGGCUCUUUUUCGUCGAUAGAAGCUGCUUGGCAGAACCUCUUCGAGAUUUGCUCUUAUGUCUCCACGAUCGUUUUCUCACGGCCGGAACAGUUCAAGUGGCCGGCCCUUAUCAGUGUGAUUGCUGUUGGCCUUGCCAGUCUGCUGUACGCGAUCUUCGUACGGAUCGAGCGGGGGCACUUGGUGCAUCUGCCGAAGUGUAUUGCCCCGGAGCGCCUGCAGCGCUCGAGAGAACGGGGUCUGGAUAGAAUCCUCUCAGCCUCCAACUUCUAG